AUGAGCACGAUAAAUAUACGGGGCGUUGCCGUGGAAUUCCCCUUCGAACCGUACGAGUUACAGAGAGAAUACAUGGACAAGGUGAUUGAAUGCCUUCAAAACGAAACAAAUGGCGUUCUGGAGUCGCCCACUGGGACCGGCAAGACCCUGUCGUUGCUGUGCUCGACUUUGGGCUGGUUGCAGUUAAAGAAAGCGCAAAUUCAGGCGCAGAGAAUAAACAGCAUUGCGGAAGAGAAGCAGGGUUUCAUGGGGAAUCUGCUGAAAGAACUGACUGGAAAAGUGGAUAAUGGGACGGCAAAUAACGCAGACAACAGCGGACGGGCCUUCAUGGGCUUACCGACCAUCAUAUACGCUUCGAGAACGCAUACACAGUUAUCGCAGGCAAUGAAUGAACUUAAGAGGAGUGCAUACAAGCACAUGAAGGCUUGCAUUAUAGGAUCAAGGGAGCAAAUGUGCAUACAUCCAGAAGUGAUGAAGGAACAGAGCAAUUCUGCCAGAACCCAGAUGUGCCGUUUGAAAGUGAAAUCGCGCAAUUGCCAUUUUCACAACCGCGUGGAACGUAAGAAAGAAGACCCUGCUGUCUCAGAGAGCCCGGUGAUGGACAUAGAAGACCUGGUAAAACUGGGCAAUCUGCACAAAUUCUGUCCGUAUUACAUGGCUCGGGAAAUCCAAAAGGAGGCAGAUAUCAUCUUCAUGCCCUACAACUACCUGUUGGACCCCAAGGUCAGAAAAAGUCUCGGCAUUGUUUUGAGCAACAAUGUUGUCAUACUGGAUGAAGCACACAACAUUGAAAGAAUUUGCGAGGAAGCCGCCUCGAUCCAAAUAAAGAGCACGGACGUGGCGUUGGCCAUCGAGGAGGUGACGGCGGUCAUGAAACUGCUCAGCGAAGAUUCGACCUUGAGUUUCGACGAGGGUCAGAAGAAGGAUUUCACCGCCGAUGAGCUGUGCGUCCUCAAGCAAGUGAUGCUGGAUUUCGAGGCGGCCCUGGACGCCGUCUCCAUGGAGAACGAGAAGGAGGGCGCCUCCUAUCCAGGCACCUUCAUCUACGGACUCUUCGAGAAGGCCAAUAUCAACAAUGGAAAUUUCUUGGAAAUGGUGCAACUGAUCGACAAAAUAUGCAACUUUUUGGCGAUGUCGAGCGGCGACGGGCCGUUUCAGCGCCGCGGCGUCGGCCUGGAGUUGUUUUCCGAUCUGCUGACGUGCACUUUUCAAGGCACCUCCAAGGAAAUGAUGGAGAAGGUGGAGAAGUGCUUUAAAGUGCACGUUUUGGUGGAGCAGCCGUUCAAAAAAGCGCGCGACAAUUGGCUGUCGAAAUCCUCUGCAAAACCUGCCUGCCGGGUUUUGAACUAUUGGUGCUUCAGCCCUGGAUACGGAAUGAACAUGUUGAUGAAUCAAGGCAUAAGAUGCGUAAUUCUGACCAGCGGAACGUUGGCGCCCUUAAAACCUCUGAUUUCCGAGCUGGAGUUGAAGGUGGACGUGAAGUUGGAAAACCCGCACAUCGUGAAAGGGGACCAGAUAUGCGUGAAAAUAGUCCCGAAAGGUCCCGACGGCGUAAUUUUAAACGGCAACUUCCAAAAUCGGGACAACCCGAAGUACAUCAACAGCCUGGGGUGCACGAUUUUGAACAUAACGCGGCACGUGCCCGACGGCCUGCUGAUAUUCUUCUCGUCGUACCCCAUCAUGCAGAAGUACCGCGACUUCUGGCAGGAGAACGGCAUCUGGGCGUCGAUAUGCGACCUGAAGAAGAUCUACGUGGAGCCCAAGGACAAGGAGCAGUUCGCGCACGCCAUGGCGGAGUUCUACGCCAAAAUAAACGACCCGCAGGCGAGGGGCGCGAUCUUCAUGGGCGUGUGCCGCGGCAAGGUCUCGGAAGGCCUGGACUUUGCCGACGCCAACGGCAGGGCCGUCAUCGUCACGGGGUUGCCGUAUCCGCCCCUCAAAGACCCGCGCAUCAUACUCAAGAAGCGGUAUUUAGAUCGGUGCAACGCGCAGGACAAAGAGUUUCUGAAAGGAGACGAUUGGUACUCGUUGGAGGCUACGCGAGCCGUCAACCAGGCGAUCGGUCGCGUAAUUCGACAUCGGCACGACUACGGCGCCAUCUUGCUUUUGGACCAGCGAUUCGACAAUUUCCGCAUCAAAGGCAGCCUGUCGAUGUGGCUCAGGGACCACAUCAAGGUGGCCGCCAAUUUCGGGGAGAUCGUCAGGGAUCUCAGGAUGUUUUUCAAAAACGCCGGCGCCAACUUACCGGCUCCAAAAUCACGAGUCGUAAACAACCAACCGGCAGAGUUCGAGACCGGCAACUGUUACAAAAAAGAGGGCAAAAAUUUUCAAUUCGAGCAACAACCUGAAGACGGUCUGGUGACCAUACACAAGAGAGCAAACGCGACCGACUUGAUUAACCCGGCGAAAAAAAAGAAAAUCGUCCUGAAGAAAAACGUGCCAAUCGCCGAGCAGGACUCGCAAAGCGAAACAAAAGAAUUCAUAGCAUUGGUUAAGAGAAAAUUGGACUCCGAGUCGUACAAAACUUUGGUUCAAGCCAUGGGAAUGUACAGGAGCGAAAAAAAUUUGGAAAAUUUAAAAUCAGAGAUGGACAAGAUUUUCCUUAAAACGCGCUCCGAAGCCUACUUAUUAAACGGCUUAAAAAAAUACAUAAAACCCGAUCAUUUGGAGGAAUUCGAAAAUUACGUCAAAACUUUGUCUUAA